GUAAAAAAUUAUGGUGUUUAUGAAAAAGGGAACUGCUGUUUAUUCUUAUAAGGAUGAAUGCUUAAGUGGGCUUGAUAAUAGUUUUCAAGAAGAGUUGCAGUGUGGGUUUCCAAGUAAGAUGUAGACUGGGACUCCACUAGAGUGAUUUAGUCUCCAGAAGAAAAGGGUAUUUUUUCCAUACUUUAUUUUGUAGUUUUCAACUUGUUAGAUUCUUGCUUUUACUCUUAGAGGUAGUAAAACAAUUUGGCUGAUUGGUUUAAAGAGAUAAUGAAAAGGAAUGAGAUUUUCUCAGGGUAAUUUUGGAACCCUGAGUAAAGGUUGGGAGUUGCCUAUGAGCUUUUUGGCCAUCUUAAACAGGGAUAGGUGGAUGAUUAUAAAAUGCAGAAACAAAAAGAGACUAGACUUAAUGACUUUGUGUAUAGUUGUCAGUUGUUAGGAUUCUCAGGUUUAGUGUUAAUGUAGUCCUAUCUGAGCUGUCUGCCUUCAACUAUAAGAAUGUUUGGCAGUGUAUUCAAAAUAGAUUUAUACAUUUUAAUACAGUGAUUCUCUUUGUUUCUCUCCUUCCCUCCACACACAUAUUUUUACCCUUAUUUUUGCCCCUUCUUACCCUCCUUUGGUGUCAAUUAUAAUGGCACUUUACUUCCAUUCAGGAUGUGGGCAGGUAUACAGGCAGCUGUGUCCAGAGCUGAUAGCAAAGUUUUUCUGUAGAUCAGCCAUCGAGAUGCAUUUGAGUGGUAUGAUUGGCAGGUUCUGUCCUCGAGAGCAAGCACAUCAUCUCUGCAACAGGUUCAGCUGCCAAGCCUAGGAAUCCAACCAAGUUCAUUCCCAAGCCCAGGCCAGUCAGUUGGCAACUUAAGAGAUCCAGUAUGCCAAAAGAGCCUGCAGGUUUACCUCGUGUAUAGCCUUUUUUAACAUCCUUAACGAGUUAAAUGACUAUGCAGGACAGCGAGAAGUAGUAGCAGAAGAAAUGGCGCACAGAGUUUAUGGUGAAUUAAUGAGAUAUGCUCAUGAUCUGAAAACUGAAAGAAAAAUGCAUCUUCAAGAGGGACGAAAAGCUCAACAAUACCUUGACAUGUGCUGGAAACAGAUGGAUAAUAGUAAAAAGAAAUUUGAAAGAGAAUGUAGAGAGGCAGAAAAGGCACAACAGAGUUAUGAAAGAUUGGAUAAUGAUACUAAUGCAACCAAGGCAGAUGUUGAAAAGGCUAAACAGCAGUUGAAUCUGCGUACGCAUAUGGCUGAUGAAAAUAAAAAUGAAUAUGCUGCACAAUUACAGAACUUUAAUGGAGAGCAACACAAGCAUUUCUACGUAGUGAUUCCUCAGAUUUACAAGCAACUACAAGAAAUGGAUGAACGAAGGACGAUCAAACUCAGUGAGUGUUACAGAGGAUUUGCAGACUCAGAACGCAAAGUUAUUCCUAUCAUUUCAAAAUGUUUGGAAGGAAUGAUUCUUGCAGCAAAAUCAGUUGAUGAAAGAAGAGACUCUCAGAUGGUAGUAGACUCUUUCAAGUCUGGAUUUGAGCCUCCAGGAGACUUUCCAUUUGAAGAUUACAGUCAGCAUAUUUAUAGAACCAUUUCUGAUGGGACUAUCAGUGCAUCCAAACAGGAAAUCGGGAAGGUGGAUGCCAAAACCACAGUAGGAAAGGCCAAGGGCAAGUUGUGGCUCUUUGGAAAGAAGCCUAAGGGCCCAGCGCUAGAAGAUUUCAGUCAUCUGCCACCAGAACAAAGACGUAAAAAACUACAGCAGCGCAUUGAUGAACUUAACAGAGAACUUCAAAAAGAAUCAGACCAAAAAGAAGCACUCAACAAAAUGAAAGAUGUGUAUGAGAAAAAUCCACAGAUGGGGGAUCCAGGGAGUUUGCAGCCUAAGUUAGCAGAAACCAUGAAUAACAUUGACCGCCUGCGAAUGGAAAUCCACAAGAAUGAGGCUUGGCUCUCUGAAGUUGAAGGCAAAACAGGUGGGAGAGGAGACAGAAGACAUAGCAGUGACAUAAAUCAUCUUGUAACCCAGGGACGAGAAAGUCCUGAGGGAAGUUACACUGAUGAUGCAAACCAAGAAGUCCGUGGACCACCGCAACAGCAUGGUCACCACAGUGAGUUUGAUGAUGAAUUUGAAGAUGAUGAUCCCUUGCCUGCUAUUGGACAUUGCAAAGCUAUCUACCCUUUCGAUGGACAUAAUGAAGGUACUCUGGCAAUGAAAGAAGGCGAAGUUCUAUACAUUAUCGAAGAGGACAAAGGGGAUGGAUGGACAAGAGCUCGGAGACAGAACGGUGAAGAAGGCUACGUUCCCACAUCAUACAUAGAUGUUACUCUAGAGAAAAACAGUAAAGGUGCAGUAACUUACAUCUAAACUAACCAGGCAGCUUUGUUACAUGUGUGACAUAGGAACAGUAACAGGACGAAAACACAUUGAAUAGGUGGGAAAACAUAAGAAAACUUAAAGGGCAUCCAAGAUUUCUUGUUCACUAUGUGAGCUGAGUGUAGGCCCGAUCUUAGAGAUGUGAUUAUUACCACAAGAAACGGUUCUCGUGAUGCUUUACCAUUUGAGUGAUGUUGCUGUGAAGCUUACUUGAUGCCUUUUGCUUUAUGUCCUGCUUAAGUCUGUGUGAAGGAGUUGUGUUUCUUUGCCUUAUAAAUCAUAGAAUUUGAUCUAUUGAGCAGGAAUCCGUAGAUAGAAAACUCCCCACCCUCCUACACUUGGCUGCAGAAAGCACAGUGACUGUAGUGAGUUCAAAUAAGUAAAACUGCUCUGAAAUGCUAUAGAAAGCUGACUCCCAAAAGAAUGGUUUGCUCUAGGAGUUUGAAUUUAGCUGCAGUUUUCAGGAAGAAAAGUAAUAGUUGGCUAAUUGGAUAAAAUAAGAAUGUAAUCAUUUUCAUUUUCCUACCUUAUUCUUAACUUUGGUUUCCUAAAGGAAGAAAACAAGCACCUAGCACAUAAUCUAUUUUAGUAGUAGUCCAAUCAAGAGACCUGCAAAGUAAAUCAACCUGGUCUGGCUCUUAGGUGAAUAAAAUGGCUUUCUUUUGAGACCUGAAAAUAUUUUCAGGCUUAGUCCUCGUAAAUAAUGUGCAAAAAAAAGCUUCUUUCCAAAUUAAUUUAAUGCUUAUAUUUUUCAUCUUGAAAAUUUCUUGGGAAGUAUAACUUCAGUGAUUAUUUAGCAUUUAGCAGUUAUACAUAGGAAAGUAAAUUCUAAAUAAACUAAGAGGAAAUCUUGAAUGGAGGGGAAGUACGAGGAAAUUUUACUUUGAAAAGAAAAACAACAUUUUUGACUAACUGGGUUGGAGGAAGAUAUCUGUGCCACCAUUUAGGGCAUUUCCUCAUUUUAAUGCUGAAUCAUCAGUUACUAAGAUAGAUUUUUUUUCCAAUUAAUUUCAACAAGCGUUUGUUGGUAACAUUGUACAGUCAAGGAUUGUGCAGUGCUAGUUGUGUGGGAAAGUAAAGUGAGGAAGCAACUAUGGGACUGGUCCUUAAUUUUGUUCGUGUUCCAGAUUUUUUUGGUGUUUUCAAUAACUGACUAUAAAAUGAUUUUAGAGACAUUUGGGACGGACGCUUUAAACUGAACACCCCUUUUGGUCUUACCAAAGGUCUUCAGUAAUUGUUCUUUUCUUUUUCCUCCUGGACUGCAGGUUCCUGAAGAGGGUUUCUGAGGAAAUGGGCAAGAUGUUGAAGGAGGUUACAUGCAGCUGCUUUUGGGGGGAGGGUAUUAGAGUUUGUCAGGCUCAAAGAGAGAGUGAGAGAAGCAAGUUGCAUGAGUGCAUGCAGACAUGAUUAUUUUUUACUAACUUCAUCAGCAUUUCCAUACAUUGUUUUUAAAAAUCAUUGUAGUACUAGUCCUUAAAUUCCUCGUUCACAAUUAUUCACGUGAAGAUAAAAAGCCAACAAUGGCUAACCUUUUUUCCAUUUAUUUUACUGAUGUCCAAAUCAGGAAAAAUACAGAGCUGUCAUUAAAUUUGUCUUGCCUUUGGCUGUCCCAACAGGACUGUCUCCACCCCAGCUCUGUUUUAAUUGGCUUUUAGACUCGUUGUCUGUUAGAAUCCUUGCCAUUUGUCAGUGUCUGCCUGUGCCACCUCUGUGCUUGCUUAACAUCCUGUUGCAUGUCUAGAGUGAUCGGGCUAGAUUUUUCAGGCAUGUCUUUAUAAUCCCUUGUUCUUGUCGAAGUCUUUGUUUUGUUUUACAUUUGUAGCGCAAAUCACUUUGUCAGGCAUCUCCAGCACUAAUGUUUCCAUCCUAGUAUUUGUGUAUGCUGCUAUAACUUCCCCACUGCAAAACAUUCCAGUUUUGACAUUAUGAAGAAGUAGUUUGUGAACCUGAAGUAUUUAUGAUAAGAAAAAGAAAACAUCUCUGCUCUAACCUAUAGCCCCAUUGAAAGAACUCUUUGAAAUGUGAUACGUCUUCAGCACCUCAGUCUGGGAAGAAUCUAUAGUCAGCACUGAAAUCCUGGCAUAAUAAACACAGAAGAUACUCACCACAUCAAGACAAAGGACUGUUGUCAGAAGUCAGCUGCUUCCAUUCAAAUGCUGCCUUAAACUAGAGUGCCUAAAUCUGUUGAUUGCCAACACUACCACUACAGUAUCCCACAAAGGGCUUUAUGUGUCAGCUCAGUGCGACCUCCUUCAACUCGGCAGUGCUGCUGCAGCUGCUGAUACAGCCUCGGUAGGUGGCUUUUAGAGCUCUACCACAUUUGAUGGUGCAUCUUCAAAUUUUUGCAUCAAGCUAAAGACAUGUCCGAGUCCAUUUUACUUUACGCAGUGUUUUUAUGAGAAGUUUUAUGGACUGCUCUCCUCAUUGUCUUUUAAUUUGGGGUUACUGUGUUCUCAUUUGAUUAUUACAAUGAUAGUCUGUUUCCAAGUGAUGCUUUGGUUUGAACCAGAUAAAAUUUAGUGAAACUUUGUAAUGAUCUAUGUGCACUUUUACUUGUAAAAUGGAAAUUCCUGUAUGUUUAUACUUGUAAAUAUAAUUGUCGUUAGUGCCCCUGUUGCUCCUGUUGUCCUGCCUCGAAUCUGUGGUUCUGUUAAUGACUUGUAUCUUAACUAAUUUCUUAGUGGUGUUUAAUAGGGGGAUGGGCGAGGGUGGGGGGGAUAUUUGUACCACGGAAGCUUCAUUAAUUUGGUUCUUUACUGUUUUGAGGGAAGAAAGAGAACGUGAAAUGGUCUGUGUAUUAUUGGAUUUUAAGCAAUAUUCUAGAAGCUGUGUGACUGCUUUAACAAUUUUUUCCCAGUGUUAUUUGAAUCGUACUACCAGUUAUACUAAAGCUGAAUGACAAUUGUGUGAAAGUUAAUGCCUUCAUAAGAUCAAGUACACCCCUGUUACACAGCUGGCAUAUUGUGUGUUACCUUUGAGGCUAGUAAAAUAUAAAGUUUAGAUUUUGAAUCUCAUUACAGGGUUAUUUAUAUAAUGUGACAUUAUUCAAUACUGACAGACUACAUAAAGUAGUUUUAAAAUCUAGUGCUAUUCUUAUUUUAAAGGUUAGCAAUGAGGAGGAUAUGUGAUCUGGCUGUGUUUGUCUUCUGUAAAAAGCCUGAAGUGCUUGUGUUUUUUUGGCUAACAGCCACAGAGGGCAAAGUUUAAGGCUUUCUUGUAAGGACUAACUGUUCUUUUCAAGCUACUGUUUGUUUUUCUAAAAGCAGGAUUUGUUUCCCUAGGAGGCAAGUUCCUUCACGUGGAAUAGUGCAACCUGUAUAUGGGUUAUUACAAUAGGAAAGACAUUUGAACCUGCACACUUUAAAUCAUUCUUAAAUUUGAACGUGUGAAUUGUCCAAAAGAAAUCUUUAAUUUUUCAAUAAUUUUUACUCUCUUUGUGCACAUGUUGAUUUCUUAAUGGUAAAUGCUUUGUUCAAGAUAGUGUUCUCUGUUGAGAAUAUUUUCAUGGAAUAAAACAAUCUUUUCACGGUCAGUUAAGAUGAA